AUGCCGCUGGAGCAUUCACCGAAAAAAACCACGAACGACCCCGCCAACGACGUGGUGAAUUUCCGACUACAGCAAAACGCUUCCAACGAGCAUCAAAUGGAAAUUGCCGCCGAUACCGCGACGAUGACAACCAUCAAGUCGUUGUCACGCCAACGACAUCACGUGCUGAACAAAGUGUUCCGCAUCAAGGAUUCAUUGGAUCGCCAACUCGGAUUGUCGGACCUCGAAGUGUUGCUGUGCAAUUUGCAAUCGGCAUACGCGGAGUUUGCUGGUUUCCACAGCCAGAUUGUUGCCGUCAUCCCGGACGAAGCGAUGGAACAAGAGGAAGAAACUUACGUACGAUUCGAAGCCCUGUACAAUUUCACCUUCGCUGGAGUGAAGAAACGCAUCAUGGAUCAACAUGUCCAACCAGCUCCACAAGUGGUCAUCCAUCAGCAGCCAUUGAAAGCACCCAUUCCAACGUUCGACGGCGACUACGCGCACUGGCCAAAAUUCAAGGCCGUGUUUCAAGACGUCAUUGCGCUUUCACGUGAUUCCGAUGCGGUUAAGCUGUACCACCUCGAUAAGGCGUUGGUGGGAGCAGCUGCAGGAGUACUCGACACGAAGACGCUGAACGAAGGUAAUUAUGAACAAGCUUGGCGUAUUCUAUCUGACAGGUACGAGAACCAACGAAUGAUAGUCGAGACACACAUCCGUGGUCUCUUAUCCCUGAAGAAGAUGACGUCCCAAUCCAGCAAGGAGCUUCAACGCUUGGUCGACGACUGUACUAAGCAUGUCGAGAGCUUGGAAUAUCAAAACCAGCCACUCUCGGGAGUGUCCGAGCUGGUGGUGGUGUACCUACUCACAUCCGCCCUAGACGAUUCGACGAGGUUGCAAUGGGAGCAAUCUCUGGCAUCGAGCACCGAUCUUCCGGAAUACAAUGAAACGGUCAAUUUCCUGAAAUCCCAGUGCAAGGUACUGGAAAGAUGGGAAGCCGCCCGUUCAACGACGACAAUUGAGACGAACUUUGAACCGAAACAAUCAUCGACAGAAUCAAAUCUUCCUAGCCAGCAAGUGCUCGCAACUACAACAGAGAGCCAGGAACCGAAGGACAAGUGCGACUUUUGUCGCGGAUUGCACUUGAACUACCAAUGCAACAAGUUAAACGCACUGUCGGCCAACGACCGAAUGGAGAAAGUGAAGGCAGCGGGCAUUUGCUUCAAUUGCCUGCGAAGGGGGCACCAGGUGAAGAAUUGUCCGUCACCGAAAUCCUGCCGAAAGUGUCAGUGUCGGCACCAUACUCAAUUGCAUGACGAUGAUGCAAAUGUGACAUCGUCAUUCAAGUCUACUGCAGCUUCAACCAUCCCUGAUGACAACCUGGAGCAGGCCCGUGAGUCUGUUGCAUCUACAUCGAACCCAAUCCCGACGAGCGAGCAACCUUUGCCCACCAGUUGCUCGUGCCAAAACACCCAGUCAACGAAAACCGUUUUGUUGCUCACUGCGGUUAUAUUGGUAAGCGAUGAGACGGGUCAACAACAGAAGUGCCGCGUUCUUCUGGACAGCGGUUCCCAGGUGAACUUCAUCAGCGAGAAGAUGGUCAACUCACUUGGCAUCCGAAGGCGACCAGCCGAUGUAUCGAUAACCGGCAUAAACAACAUCCGAACGACUGCUCGUGACAAGAUCGAGGUAAGCAUUAAAUCUCGUUGCAGCGAUUUCCGUACCAGGUUGGAAUGCCUGGUAAUUCCGCAGGUGACUGGCACCAUCCCGUCCAAAUCAUUCGACACCGCAAAUUGGAACAUCCCUGCGGACAUCCAAAUGGCCGAUCCGGCAUUCUUCCGGGCCGAUAGCAUCGAUAUGCUGAUCGGAGCAGAGCUAUUUUACAAACUACUGAAGCCCGGACACAUCAUCAUCGACGAACGCUUGCCAGAGCUCCGAGAGUCUCACUUUGGCUGGCUCGUGGCAGGUGUCAUUCAGUCCGUUCCAUCAUCAGACAACAUUCAAUACUCCCAAUUGGCAUCGAUUGAAGAUGUCGCUGAUUCAACUUACAAGUUUUCGGUUGAGGAAGAAUCGGAGACUACAUCAAUGUCAUCCAACGAACAGCAGUACGAUGAACAUUUUGUUUCGACGUGCUAUCACGAAUCCCAAGGCAGAUCUCCAAAGCAGUUUCAACGAAUUACAGCUCAAUUCCGACCCGACGUCCGCCGGCUCGUGCUCGGCGACCAGGCCGACCUUGAUGUCAACCGAUGCCAGUCCAGUGAUCAAAUCCAACCAUAUACCCACCGGUACCCGUCUGGUGUCCAAUCAACCCCUGAUGUCCGCUGGCGCUGGUACCAAUCCAGAGGUAAGACCCACGCUUCACCAGCCCCAGUGUCCAGUAGCCAACAAUCUCCGACGCCCGCUGGACGCCGUCCAAUGAACAGGCCGUUCUUGAACUUCGCUAGAACUCGCCCGGUGACAAAGCCAAGCCUGACGUCAGCCGGUACUCCGGCAGUUUCACUGCCAGCCUCUUUCCAGUUUUGA